GAUUGCACACAGAGCUGUUGUUCAGGCUGGGGUUCAGAGCAGCCAGUGUCCCGUCUGGCAGGAAGCACUCUGCAUUCUCAACGACGUGCCUUGAGUGGACAAAUCAUGCUGAUUGUGUGGGAGAGAAACCCAGCGCUGCUUCCAAGAUGAAGGCAGAGAGGGAGGCAUCAUGCAAAGAGACAGCCGUUCCUUCACCGUUUCUUCUCCUAUGGCUUUUCAUCUUUUCUAUGGCAGGUGUACAUGGGGUGAACAUCAGCUGUCCGUCUUCUCUUGUGCGAGGUACACUAGGAGGCUCAGCCCUUCUCUCUGUGUCCUACACCAGCACCAGCUCCGACCAGCCCGUUAUUAAGUGGCAGCUGAAGCGAGACAAAGCUGUCACUGUGGUCCAGUCCAUUGGUACAGACAUAAUUGGGAACCUAAGACCUGAGUACCGCGGCCGAAUCCUCCUGUAUGAGAAUGGCUCCCUGCUCCUGCAUCACCUGCAGCUGUCAGACGAGGGCGCCUAUGAGGUGGAGAUAUCCAUCACUGAUGAUACCUUCACUGGGGAGCGAUACGUCAACCUUACCGUGGAUGUUCCAGUGUCCAGGCCCUUUAUCCACAUUGCAGCCUCAUCCGUCCUAGAGCUGACUGAGCUGUUUAUACUCAACUGCACUCACGACAGUGGCACCAAACCUACCUAUAGCUGGCUGAAGGGUGGGAAAUCUUUAACCAAUGACUCACAUCUGCUCCUGUCACAUAACCAGAAGGUCCUGACCAUCUCCCGUGUUGUGAUGUCAGAUGACGACGUCUACUGCUGUAGGGUGGAGAACCCCAUCAGCAGUAUGAAGAGCCUGCCUGUCAAACUCACUGUUUACAGACGGAGUUCUCUCUAUAUCAUCCUCUCCAUGGGAGGCAUUUUCUUACUCAUCACCUUGGUGACUGUGUGCGCCUGUUGGAAACCCUCCAAAAAAAAAAGGCAAGAGCUUGCCGGACAGAGCAGACAAAAUGUAACGGAGCAGAGCAACGGCAAUCAUGAGGUUGAUGUUGUGCUUGCUAGAAAUUACCAGAACCGUCGGAACCCAGGUGGACUAUAUGUCCUCAAAGAAAAGGAGGGAACAGAUGAGUCUUCCUGUGAUUAUAUCAACCCUAUUGAUCCCCUCAGCCCAUCUUGUUAUCCAAGCAUGGCUCCACCUUCUGCACACUCUUCAGAUGCUUAUAUGCAUUCAGGAAGGAGAUACCCCCUUACCCCCGUCCCCUCUCCUCCAUCAACCCCUCAUCCAACUCUCAUUCCACCCCUCUCCUGUCCACCACACGUGGGCAGUUUAACACGCAAACCCCGCCCUUCAAGACUAAGCCCCUCACCUCCACAUGCAGAACAACUUCUGAUUGAACCAGAAAACAAUAUGCAGCACCACCACAGCCUCCCGCGAUAAUCAAGACAGUUUGGAUGUAAAAUGUCCAGGAUAAUGUCAGAUUAUGAGACUAUGUAUGUGGGUAUUGUAAUUUUAAUUAGCCAUUUUAUAAUUGUUAUCUUAUGGAAAUAGUAUGAGUAUGAGUUGAGUGUUUCAUGCUUUCCAAAAGCUAUAGGUGAAUAAAUGGUGUACAAGACCAAAACUCAUAAUUGAGAAGUAAGAAUCUAAUUUACCAGGAGUACAUGGAUGUACAAUACGUUUGAAUUGUUAUUGAAUACUAACAUUUUUUUUUUUUUAAAUCAGAUUUAGUCAAUUUGAUACUGUUAAUUUUAUCUAUAUUGAGCAUUGUUGGGAUCUGUUAGGAUAUACUGUAAUAGUGUUACUUUACGUCAGUAUUAAAAUGAUUUUAUUAUUUUUGCUCAAAUAA